AUGUCUGCAAGCACUAAUCAGCAUCUACCUUUAGUCCCUGAUGCAGAACUGCUUCCCCAUAUAUGGGAGUACUGGGGUCAUGGGAUGGGUGACUUGGAAAUUGCCAUUUCCAUCAAGCAGGAUGUGGAUGUAACUGGUAGGGGAUGGGGACUAGGGGCUAAGACAGUAUUUCGGCGGAGGCAGAAAAUGGGCCUCAUGAGUGUUUGGCAGCAGCAUCACAUGAUGGACUCAAUCGGACCACACAUUGAAGAGGUGAGGGACACAAUUCACAAGCCUGGUGUGAAGCACACCUGCAACUGGCUCAGGCAGCAGGGAAUCUUGGCACCCAGGCAAGUGUGA